AUGGCCACGACAGGCGUGUCUCUCACGCCUGCACCGGUCACGGCACCGUUAGCUAUGGCCCCCGCGUUGGCUGCUAGACCUUCAGUGGCCCCAUCGCCAGGCCCGGGUACGCCCGGCUCCAUCACAUCGAAAGAAUGGGUGAUUCCACCACGCCCCAAGCCCGGUCGCAAGCCAGCAACCGAUACGCCGCCUACCAAGCGCAAGGCUCAAAACCGAGCUGCUCAGCGGGCAUUCCGCGAGCGACGGGCGGCUCGAGUGCAGGAGCUGGAGGAGCAGAUGAAGGACAUGGAAGACCACCACGAUAUUCGAGAUGCCACUCUCGCUGAGCAAAUUAACAACCUCUCCCGCGAGGUCGAGCAAUGCCGCGAAGAAAUGGGUUGGUGGCGUGACCGCUGCCACUCUUUGGAGAAGGAGGUGUCGAUCGAACGCAGUGCAAAGGAAGCUAUCGUGAAAGAAUUUCGAACUUCCAUGUCCGGCCCCAGCACCAAGUCACCCAUGCCAGACUCUGUCCCCUUGCCGCCACGCCGUAACCGCAGCUCUCGCAUGGAGGGCGUUGUCUCUACCAAUGCUGAGCGAAACCGCGAGCCAGAAGAUGAGAAUGUGCCUCUAGGCUGCACUGAUUGCUCUUCUUCACACUGCCAGUGCAUCGAAGAUGCUUUCGGCAUGCCCAUCGACACUCACGAGUCUCGAGGCAGACAUCCUCCCCAUGGAGUCGGUAGCCCUGAGCGUGAGAACGCCGAGCCCGAAAUCAAGCCCGACCCAGAAGAAAUGGAAAUUGAUUUCACUGCUCGAUUUGCCGCUGUCCCCGCUCAAUCGCACUCUCACUCCCACUCCCACUCCCACUCCCACUCCCAGUCUCACAACAAUAACGAGGUUUCCUCCCCACCCGUGGACCCCUGUGGAUUCUGCCAGGAUGGAACUCCCUGCAUCUGUGCCGAAAUGGCAGCCCAGGAACAGCAGCGUGGUCGCCGAAACUCCUUCGAGAACAACCGUCUCGCCCCCAUCCAAUCUAUCUCCCAAUUCACACCACCUCCUUCUGAGAGUGAUGUCCGCUCCGAAGUAACUCUCCCACCCAUCAGCCAAGCUACCAACCCUUGUGCCAAUGGCCCCGGAACCUGCGCCCAAUGUCUUGCCGAUCCUCGGAGCACCCUUUUUUGCAAGACGCUGGCAGCCUCCCGGUCAGCGAGCGGAACCCCAACAACGGGAGGAGGCUGCUGCGGCGGCAAGGGAGCCGACGGGGGAUGCUGCAUGUCAAGAAAUGCCCCCACCGCCCCGACCACGCGUAACAACCCCUCCAUGCCUCCGCAAUCUGCCAUAUCCAAGCCCUCUACGCCCAAUGCGCUCACCCUGAGUUGCGCCGAUGCAUUCACCACCCUCUCCCGCCACCCUAACUUCUCUCGAGCAAGCGAUGAGAUCUCAACCUGGCUACCAAAGCUGCACACUCUUCCAGACCCCAAUGAGCAAGCUGUAUCCCCAGAGACUCGCAGUGGUCGUGCAGCCUUGGAAGUCGAGGCCGCAAGUGUAAUGGGUGUACUCCGUUACUUCGACCGGCGCUUUGCCUCGAAAUGA